AUACGGUCGAUACAGAUUUUAUACAAGUUACUAAAAUGGCUGCGCCCUUGAAAGUACAGUUGUUGGCCAGAUUUCAUACAACUGUGAGAGCAUGGGUCUGUUCAACUAGGUGCAUGUCAAGUCGUAGAGAUGGCAGAGAUGAUGGGCCACCACCAUGGGCUGCACGUCAAGUCCCGGGCGGCACUACAUUUUAUGGCAUGAUGUUGUCAAGAGUGCAGCACAAAGAAAUAUGGAGAAAACGUAUGGAAUAUGUGAAUAGACCAUGGAAGAAAACAGUCCUAGACUACAAGAAACGACAAGAAGCUAUGGCUGCCAUGCCCCCUGCAGAGCCUACAAAACUUCUCAUGAUUAGACGGCGAGACAAACUGUGGGGAGUUCCUGAAAAAGAGAAAAAAAUUAUCCAGAGGCUUGGAUUAGAUGAGAUUGACAAAGUGGUCAUAGUAAAGAACAAAAAAGUGACCAAUGGUUUACUGAGGAAAGUAAAGCAUCUCAUUGAAAUAUUUCCUGUCACGUUCCCGUAUGGACUCCCAGAAUCACAGGAGGAUCUAGACCACUGUUAUAUAGCAGAUAAUGGACAAUUUAUUGUAAAGAAAAAAUUACAAUCAGUCAAACAAAUUGAUGACAAUAUUGAAGUUUCUGAUCAACUUCCAGAAAAUAAGUUUGAAAUGAAGCAAGACCAUAUAGACAAGCUUUUAGAAUACAGAAAAAUGAGGUACCAGAUAAAUCAGGAGUAUUUCCAGACUAAAUAUAUCUAUGAGAAAAAUCAAGAUGGCAAAGAACAUAGAUACAAGGGAGAUCAUAACAUCGGCUUUGACCAAAUAUGGCACUAGUAUUGAAUUAAAGGAUUACUUGAAAAAUGUUAAAUUUUGCUGAGACGUUAAUAAAUCAUUUACAGAAAAAA